UGUGCAAUCAGUUAACAUUUUGCAGUGAAUUAAGAUGGACAGGAGAAAAGUUGAAGCUUUAGAGAUUUGACUAAUUUUAAGGAUUUUUUCGUUUAAGUUUGAACAGACAACAAAGCUAUGGCAAAUAUAGUGACGAUUGCGGCCAAUUUGCUUGACAAUGGCACUGUUAACAGCACGUUUUUAGUUCCAAAGCUAUAUGAUUUUGGAGAAAAUGAUGGCACUUUCAUUAUGAUAUGUGCUUUUCUGCUAGUGACUUUGCAAACCGGGUUUGCUCUUCUAGAAUCAGGAUGUGUCAGUGAAAAGAAUGAAGUUGAUAUGAUGCUGAGGAACGUGGUGGAUAUUGUUCUUGGAGGAGUAUCGUUCUGGUUGUUCGGUUUCGCGUUUAUGCUAGGCAGAAGUGUGUAUCGAAAUCCAUUCAUCGGAUUGGGAGAUUUUUUAACAGAUGCAUCGGUAAACGAUCCUUUAAUGGGUCAGUUAAUGGCAGUUUACCUGUUUCAAAUGACGUUUUCAGCGUCGGCAACAACUAUCGUUGGAGGUGCUAUCGCUGAAAGAUGCAACUUCAAGGCGUACUGCCUGUUCUCGUUUCUGAAUACGAUUGUGUACUGCAUUCCGGCCGGGUGGGUUUGGGGUGAACAUGGUUUCCUCAGUAACUUGGGGGUUGUGGACAUUGCAGGCAGUGGACCCGUACACCUGAUUGGAGGCUCUUCAGCAUUCGCCUCUGCCAUGAUGCUGGGCCCACGGCUUGGACGUUAUGCCAAAGGGACGGAUCCGUUGCCGUUGGGUAAUCCCGUUAAUGCAUGCAUGGGACUUUUUGUUUUAUGGUGGGGUUGGCUUGCAUUCAACUCAGGCAGCACAUACGGUGUAAGUGGAGCCAAGUGGAUCUAUGCUGCUAGGGCAGCAGUAAUGACUAUGAUGGGUUCUUUUGGCGGAGGAAGCUUCAGUAUAAUAUAUUCUAUGGUUCGAAACGAAGGCCGUUUGGAUAUCGUGGAUCUCAUCAAUGGCAUUUUAGCGUCACUGGUCUCAGUAACUGCGGGUUGUUUCUUAUAUCACGCAUGGGAAGCAAUUGUAAUUGGUAUAAUAGGAUCAGCCCUGUGCUGUUUGAGUAUGCCCUUGUUUGACAGAAUGGGUGUUGACGAUCCCGUUGGGGCCAGUGCUGUACAUGGUGUUGCUGGAAUUUGGGGAGUCCUAGCUGUAGGAUUGUUUGCUGAUAACCCUAUUCCCCUGGACACAACGAAUGGUCGAUCUGGAUUGUUCAAAGGUGGCGGCUGGUAUUUGCUAGGAGUCCAAUCGUUGUCCGCACUCUGUUUGAUUUGUUGGGGCAUUUGCGUUACGUUGGCACUCUUAUGGAUUAUAAACAAAAUUGUACCGAUUAGAAUGGAUCCCAACGAGGAACUUCUUGGAGCAGACUUGAUGGAGCACAGGAUCAGACAUUCUCAGAUUGGAAUUUCAAGAGCCUUAUCUGCAUUGGCUCCGCUGAAAAUCGAUUUAGACGAUGCAAUAAAUGCCCCACCGAUAGGACGAAACCCCGGCCAUGAGCAAUGUAUUGAUGAAGUGCGAGCUGCAAGUCAAAAAUUGUAUGAGUGGCGAUCAUUUAUGGAUAAAAUGUCCCCCCAGAAGAAAGCAAGUGAUCAACCUAAAGUCGUGGAUAACCCUGGUCUUGGAAAGAAUUCAUUCAAGCUUCGGAACAUCAAUCGUAAAAAUAGGAAUGGUACCGACAAUCACGGUUACGAAGGAAAAUACUCUCAUGCUACCAGUGGGGCGGAAAAUGGAUUACGAGUUGGAGGAAAUCAAUUGUUCACGAUGACGAAAUCUGGUGAGAAUAAUCAAAGUGAAAGAAAUGAUCAAAAUUUUGCAUGGAUUGAUUGAGAUCACACAAUAAGUGGGCAACUGAAUGCUGAACUCAUUUUAAACAUGAUGAUACUAUGAGCAGAAAAGACUCAAUUUCGUUGCAUGUGUGGCAACACAUAGUAUAUCACAUAACAGUAGUAGGACAAAGUUCCCAUACAAAUUGAUGAAGUUAUAAUAUAGUGACUUAACAAACAGUGUACUUUUCUACAGGUAUUUUAACAAAUAAUAAAACAUAA